AUGGAAAGACCUUGGGAAUCAGAAUCAGUAACACUCGUUACUGGAAUUGAUGAAUCAGAUUGUUACGAGCAGUCAUCCUAUUCCGCAAUGUUGAACAUUUGGGAACCAGUUUCGCCUACGGAAUUCCGGAAUUGCUUCGGAUUAAUUCCGGAAUCGCAUGUUUAUUGUUGGUCUCAUUGGACAUACAUUGAAUAUUUGUCAUCGGCUGUUGCUGGUUACUUCAUCAUUUUUGGUAUUCUUCCUGUGCGUCUUUUACAAUUCGGAUACAAUUGGAGUUUAUUUAUCCCAUCGGAAAUCUUAUGUAAAACAUUAACUUUUCUCUUCUCUUGGUUCAGAAUAUUACCUUGCUGGUUUAUUGCUUUAGCUUCUCUCGAUCGAUAUUUGUGCAGUUCAUCAUCGGUUACACUUCGUCGUUGGAGUACUUUACCCGUUUCAUCGUGUUUGAUCUUUUGUGUGACUGUAUUCAUUGGUAUAACACAAAUUCCAAUCCUGAUUUUCUACACGAUUCAUCAAGAUCCUAUGAUAUGUCUCGGUCAGCCAAAUUCGUUUCAAAAGCUCAAUGGAAUAUUUCUGUUGAUUAUUUGGAGUUUAAUUCCAUCGUUAGCGAUGCUUAUCUUCGGUCUUCUUACCAUUCGUAAUAUUCAAAAGUCAGCACAACGAGCAUUCGAUCACGAUAUGAUCAACCGACGACAAAAACGUAUCAAACAUGUCGAUAGACAGUUAGUUCAAAUCACACUCGUUCAAUCUAUUCUUUUUGGUACAACAUCAGCUGCCGGUGCUAUCGGUGGCAUGUAUAAUGUGAUUGAUAGUAAUUUACGUAAAGAUCCAUUGUCAUUAGCUGUGCAAGGUUUAACAGGAAAUGUUCUCUCAUUCAUUGGUUUACUCAGUCCAUGUAUGAGUUUUUACUUAUGCACAUUAUCAAGUCAACUAUUUCGGCGUGAACUUGUACAUUUACUUUCAUAUCGAAAUCGUUGA